ACUCCUUCAGGGCUUCUGGCAACAUUGCAUUAUUAUUCUCUAGUUGGAAGUACGAAUGUCGCAUUGGAAUAAUUUUAAAUAAAAGCUUCUUGUGUUAAGUAUAUACAAUGUUGGUUUUAAAAGGUUUAUCAUUUAUAUUUGUUAUAAGUUUUGUUACGGCCGAUACUUCGCUUGCGGUUGGUCCAUAUGAUCCGCCUUCGAAAACGAAUUCUACAACAGUGGAACCUACUACUGCUGCAACCACAUCCACUUCUAUGCCAAAUACCACGAUAGCCCCUCAUCCAACCACAACCCGUCCCUCAACCACAACACCUUCAUCAACCACAACACCUUCGUCAACCACAACACCUUCGUCAACCACAACAACUUCGUCAACCACAACGCCUUCACCUACAACUCCCAGCACAACUGUUGCUCCAACCACGAAACCCGCACCAAUUCCUCCUCCUAGUCCCACCCCAAACACUUGGUCCUUAAAUUUUACAAAUACCAAUAGGAUAUGCCUUUUAUUUAGAGUGGCUGCACAAUUUGAACUACCACUGGAUCACAGUAAUUCAACCAAGGUAAAUAUACCAUCAAAUGUGUCUGUUACUGGUAACUGUGGAAAUAAAACAUCAUUGGAAGAGUCUUUGUUGGUCUCUUGGGAGAACAAUUCUGUCAGUUUAAAUUUUAUAAUGGUUCAAAAUAACAAAUUUGAAAUUAGCAGUAUAAAUUCGACCUUAUUGUUGGGAAAUCAGACUCUCACGUUCUACCACCUCAAACCUGAAUUCUCGGUGCCUUUGUCAAAUUCCUAUAGGUGCACAAAAGUGCAAACGCUGAAUCUCACAGACAUCAAUUCAAAUAUAACAACUGCUUAUUUGCAUGUCAGCCAUCUACAAUACCAGGCCUUCAGGAAUGAAACUAAGCCUAAAUUUGAUUCUGCUUGGGACUGUGAUAGUGCGAACACCCCAGAUAUAGUGCCAGUCGUUGUGGGUUGUGUCCUGGCUAUCUUGAUCGUCCUCAUGCUGGUCGGGUACAUAGUAGGCAGAAGACGUUGCCAGGCGAGAGGCUACCUCUCAAUGUUCUCAGACAAAGGCAAUGAACAAGACUAUAUUCCUAUGAAAACUUUAUCAUGUUUUAAAUAGGUUUGAUUAAGAACUGAUUAGAAUAUGAAAUGGAAUAAAAUAUGAAAAACUUUUUUUUCAAAAAAAUUACAUUAUCGGAAAACCUAUGAUUUUUAAUACAUUUAAUGAAGUCACCCCAAACAUUGAAGUGAAAAACAAUGUUUGCUAGACUUAUGGUUGGUAAUUUUAGUAAUUUUUUGUGAUAUUGCGUAUAAUUUAUGCAUUACUUAAAAAUUAGUUUCUAAGUGUCAUAUCAUUUUGGUUAAUGUGACUGUAACUGCCUUAU